CCGGCCUCUUCGUCUUUGGCGCGCGCUGUUUUUUUUUUGUCCUUUUUCUUUUCGCUGGCCGGCUUCCAGAUUUUCAGGUGCUGAAAUAAGUGGUUUCUUUGUUUUCCUCGAUGAGUUUCUCCUACUGUAUGUUUUACGGGCGUUCGUAGGAGCUAGCGCUUUGGCUGCUAAGAAGUGUACAGUAAAAGAUUGUGGUUGUUUUGCUCCUGUCCUGCUUGGUUGGGUAAUAGGUAAUCUGUGUGAGGUUUCGGAUCUGGAAUUGGAGACUGUACAAGAGAUAUGUUCUCGGUUCCUCUGUGUGCUUUUCUUCAGUAAAUUCAAACGGACCGCCAUGGUUUUCUGCAGCCCCAUCCAUGCUAGUGUGCGAUUUGGACAGCCGAAAGAACCAAGGAAUCGAGAGAAACGCCAAUUUUUCCUGUAGAACAAGACCUAUUGCACAGCACUCUGCUUCCUCUUUCUUUCCUUUUCCUUUUUUGGUUGUUGCUAUUUUUUCUAGUAUGCACGGGCCUUUUUGUUGGAUAUUUGAGCUGUUAACCUCCCAAGCAAGUUGGUAGAUUGGAUUUGGUCAGCUAUCUGCCUAUCUCCACGGUGAUUUAGUCAGCGUCUUACCAAAUUUAGCCCUCCUGGUUAAGAACGGUGCUAUGUUUAGCUACUAGACUAGAGUGUGAGCUUGUGCGACUAGUGAACGGGCUAGGUCCAGGAAGUUCGGUUUUAGACCAGUUGUCUGAACUGAAGUUCCUCUUCUGCAAGGACUUUUUAUGUAGUGCUCCCGUCCCAUGGUAAUAGCCUUGUGCCAUCAGCUUUCCUAGCAAAAGACUGCUGGUAAGACAAACUCUAUGCAUUGAUGCGCUUCAUUUGGAUAUUUAUCGUUUCCUUGCAUGAUUUAGGAUGUUUUAGCCAACAGGAAUUCGUGGGUUGCACAAUCCAGAUAGAGUGAUAGAUUAUGAGUUCAAGUGAGGGAUCUCAUCCUGCAACGCCAAAUGGGGCAAAACCGACUGUCAUGGUUGAUAGCAAGAUUGAGCCUGCCGGAGAGGGGUUACCUGAUGGUUGGUCGAAAGGAUGCAGGCCUAGAAAGAGUCGACCUGGAUCUAGGAUCAGGGGAGACAAGUUCUACAUUGAUCCUACCAAUAGCUAUGAAUUUCGUUCUCUGAAGGAUGUUUACCGCUACAUCGAAUCUCAAGAUAUCAGUAACUGUGUUGUGACGCCAAUCAAGAGAAAAACUGAGGACCUUCAGAUUGCAAGGAACCAAUCUCAUGAUGUCGGACGACUAUCAGAGCCUAAGGGUGUAUCCAAAGGGGAGGUGACAGAGUUAGAGCUUCAGAAGGCAAGAAAGAGCAAUCAGUCUCUGGAGCAUGAAUCUUCUCCGAGAGAAGAAGCAAAUGUGGAGAAGAAACCCAGGGAAAAGAAGCAGAAAACUAAACCUGUGAAACAAAUCACUGCACCUCUUCGAGCAUCACCUCGUUUAACUGCAAUGAAGAUUAACCAGGAAGCGAAUAAUGUGCCUAGAGACGCACUUGUCCGCACACGGACAGAUAUCGCCGAUCAGUUACCACCUAAGCAGGUCAAAGAUCCUAAAUCAAAGUCUGUUUCCUCUUUACUUUCUCAGAAGAAAGAUGGAGCCCAUAGCACAAGUGCAAAUACUGAAGUCAAGUAUCCUUCAGUUCCUGAACAAAUACUUGGAGGAUCUGUUGCAUGCACUUUAACAAAUGUUGGAUGCCAAAAUGCUCCUGCUGAGUUACAUAUUCCACCACAACAGGUUGGACUCGUUGAAACAGCUGAUGCUAUGCCUGGCUCUUCCCUAUCUUUGCUUUUUCGAAGUAUCUGGUCAGACCCAUGCCUUGAGUUUGCAUUCAAGACUCUUACAAGUGAUAUCCCUGUUCUUGACAACAAUCUAGCUAUCCCAAACUACUUCCUUCCACCACAGGACUUGAACAAAGGGACGGCACCCAAUUGUUCCUCUUCCACCUAUGAUGGCACUAGAAAGAACCACGCACAAGUUGACCGUGUCAGGCUGCCAAUGCCAAGGCCGUCAGAUAAGCUCUACAGCACUGGUUGGUUCCCUCCCCAGUGAACACCAUCUGGGAAAUAUGCAACAAAUGCAAAUAAGAAUAAAUCCUUUAGUCUUCUAGCGCUCAUCGUUAGGUACAUCGACAAGGAUGCAUGUUGUGAAAAAGACUGUAUCUUGUUGUAACUGUAGUAGUGCUAAUAUUACCAAUCAUAAGCUAGACUUGACAAAACUUUUGAAUUUGUGUAGUAAGCUGACUAGUAACCCUUUUGUUGUGUGGUUAGCAGAUAGAGAUGCUGAAAGUGCCAAGAAACCCCCUGAUUUUCAUGGCUGGGGUUUCACUCUGUCUGCAAAAAGCCCUUCCGGUUUAUUAGGGCCUGUAAGUGAAUUGAACUAAGUUAUGCCUGAAUUUGGUUUCUGUUCUACUGGUCCUGGAUCUCUCUUUUGAUGGAGUAUCAAAUGUUGUUGCGAA